CAAGAAAAACAAUGCGAACUCAUCUAACAAAUCGAAAGCAAAUGCUGGAGAAGCAGCAUUCCUGCAAACUCUCAAUAAAGAACAGCUGAAGCGAGAACUGAAACGUCGUGGAAUAAAGACUUCUGGCAGCAAAAUUGAAUUGAAGUUGCUUUUCCACGCGAGUGGCCCUCUUCUUUCAAAAUGAAGGAAAUCUAAAUCGAUCUCUGCUUGGGGCUCAGGCAGAAUCCAAGAUAUGUUGCCGGUUUGUUUGCCGGUCAAUCGACAUGUUUCCGGUGACUAUGUAGUUGUAGAAUGUGAAAUUGAGGAAGAUGUUUCUGCUACAUCUGAUCUGCAGCGGUUGUCCCACAACAUGUCUGCUCCACUUAAGCGAAGGAACGAAACUGUGCCUGGAAGCCCUCCAUCCGUUGUCACUUCUUCUGUUAAUCACCAUAAAUCGAAUGGUGAUAAUAGCACAAUCGGAAUGAGCCCUCCUGUAGAAGACAAAGUUCGUGAGAUGGAAAGAGCAGAACGAGAAUCUUUAGUUCUCUGGAGAAAACCUUUGAAGACUCUGAACUAUUUCAGUAGAGAGUUGUGGAUUAACGUGAUUACUUAUGCUCAAACUCUUUUUAAACAUCGAAUCACAGUUUUUGUCAGCAUCCUAGUUUGUGCAGCGUUCUAUGUGCUCUACACCAUUCCAGGCCCUCACCAACAGUACAUGCAAGCAGGAAAAUCAGAAAUUUCAUGGUGUUUAUACUGGGUGGGAUUAGGGGUACUUUCUUCUGUAGGACUUGGUACAGGUCUUCACACAUUUUUGCUGUACCUUGGGCCACAUAUUGCUAGUGUUACUCUUGCUGCCUAUGAAUGUGGAGGUCUGAAUUUCCCUCAGCCACCCUACCCUGAUGAAAUUGUGUGUCCUACAACUGUGGAUCCCAGAUGGGCCGCCAGCAUCUGGAAUAUUAUGAGCAAAGUACGCAUUGAGAGUAUGAUGUGGGGAGCUGGUACAGCUUUAGGCGAACUUCCCCCUUACUUCAUGGCUCGUGCAGCCCGGUUAUCUGGAUAUGACCCAGAUGAUGAGGAUGACCUUGCGGAGUUUGAAGAGCUGCAGCGUAAAAAAGAAAAUCCGGAAAUGCUGGAUACAGUUGACCGACUCAAAGUUUUUGUGGAAAAGCUUGUUGAGAAAGUAGGCUUCUUUGGAAUUCUGGCAUGUGCUUCAAUUCCUAACCCAUUAUUUGAUCUUGCUGGUAUAACUUGUGGACAUUUCCUUGUCCCAUUCUGGACUUUCUUUGGUGCUACUUUGCUGGGAAAAGCAGUAAUAAAAAUGCACAUUCAGAAGGUGUUUGUGAUUGUGGCGUUUAAUGAAACUCUACUUGCACGAGCUGUAGAUCUACUAGGAAAUAUUCCUGUUGUUGGUCCUCGUUUGCAAGAACCGUUCUCAGCAUUCCUUGUAAAGCAGAAGGAACGUUUGCACAGGGAAGGUGGAGAUUCAUCUUCAGGAUCGGAAGGAAAUAUUUUGUCUGCAAUAUUUGAGAAGUUUGUCGUGGCUAUGAUCAUCUACUUUGUGGUUUCUAUCAUAAACUCACUUGCCCAGAGCUAUCAUAAAAGACUCCACUCCAAGUCAAAAAGGACCACCAAGAAGUCUAAGGACUAAUGUGCCAAUGCUUGUUUCACCUCCCUUCCUCCUUUUGAAAAAAAAAAAUUCUUCAGUGAAUAUAAUUUUAUUUUUACAAGAUUUUUCACUGUGUUUGUGGAAGUACUAUUCCUAUUCCUCAAAUCAUCUUGUGAUCUUAUAGCUUGUAUAGGAAUUCUCAACUUAAAAUAACAUUGUUAUGACAAUUCAUCGUCAAGUCUAGUGUAUUUCUGAAAAUGUAUAAGCUGUACAUUGUGUAGAGAUACAUUUUGCCAUCAACCAGUUCAAUUUUGAAUGGUUAUUUAACUUUAGUUAUGUUGUACAAUGUCAGUUAAGAAUUAUGGUGCAUGCUUUAAUUAACAAUAGUUUCUCUAAAGACGUACAGACUUCAAUUAAGUCUAACUUUUAAAAGAAUAAAAAUACCUAAGUUCAAGUUGAAGGGAUGGUCUACCAUAAACUUAAGUGUGGUUUAAGAGGUCACAUAAGAAAUGUUAUGUCUGGUAAUUUCUUGUUUUUAAAAAAAUAUUUUGGAAAUAUUGGUGAAAAGAGUCUUGUGGAAAGAAGAGUUUUGUAACUUCAGUACAUAUAGAGCUUGCUGGGCUUCUUAUGUUAAUUUUUUUUAAUAAUUUUUUUUUCUUUUUUAAGAUGGAAAUGAAAUCUUUAGUGCCCCUUUUUUAGGUUGUUUGGUGGGAUCAGAUUUUCAUGAAUGUGUGGGUUGGUAUUGGGGCUUUGAGGCAAAUUAGGAUCUCUAUAAACCAAUAUGAAGAUAUUUUUUAUUGAAAUAAAAAAUGGUUGAUACACCUUGUAAGAAAGUGCUGUUCUGAAAAGGAGUUCUCUCUAGUCUGAUUUAGAAGUAGCUCUGUUAAUUUUAUUUUAAGUGAAUACACUUAGGCUGUGGCCUUAAGUCAUGUGCUCAUUUGAGUGCACAGUCAAAACAUCUGUCCAACCAUCCAUUUGUGCUGCUGCUUUGGGUUAUAAAUGACAAUAGAACGUGAAUUUUGUGGAGUCUGAUAAUGAUGUUCACAGUGCUUAUUUAGUUAUUCAAAAUACUCAAUUCUUUUCAUUAUCAUUUUAAAUUUCUCACCUUAAAUCAUAAUUGACAUGAACUGUGUGACAAGAAUCUUUCAGAACUGUUUGAAUUCUUAUUUUGCUUUCUUCAAGUAAUUUGCACUAUCUCACUUUGAAAAUGUUUGCCGCUAUAUACGCUGAUCUUGCGUCCGAUGGACUGAACUGUGUUAACAGAUCUAUAAUACGUUCUUCUUCAUAUUUGACAGUUUAUUUGAAUGUGAUAUGAAGAUUAACAAAACCCUAACACCUGGGUGAGGUGAUACUGUGUGGCUUGUAAUUAAGGCCACUAUAUUCCUAUUAUUCAACAUUGUUUUGUUGGUGAAAAACUUGUACAAGGUGUAAGGGUUUCUAUACGCCUUGCUCUGAUAUGUGAUACAAGUUGUUUCUUAGUUACCCUAUGUGUAAAUAAGAGUUCAGAAUAUCUUUCUUUUGUUCAAGCCUUCUUCAUAUACAGGAUGGUGGUAUUAGUACAUGUGAUUUUGUGGUUACUGUUUUCUAGGGGUGUAACAAUACAAUAAAUUAUAUCAUAUAUAUGUGUAUGUAUGUGUGUGUUUCUAUUAGGGAAGUGAUAGUCUCAUUCCUGAGAAAAUUUCGUAUUUUUUCACAGUGUUUGCUCAAUGUCACUAAAUGGGGUUUCUGUUGGGGUCUCUAACUUUCACCAUAACCAGCCAAGUCUCUGAAAGGAAAGUGCAUAUUCAAGAAGAAAACUUUUGGAGCAGAACCUCUGCUUUGAAGAUUACAUACAUCUUUAUGUAGGGUCCAUAUCUCAGAAAAUUGAAUGGGCUGUAUUGUUACUCAUUUUUAUUUGAAGUGAUGUCUUCCAAAUUAACUGGUGGGGAAGCCACUUUUAAAAUAUAAUAUGAAAGGUUUAACUAAGAACUUUGCUGUUGUGUUCAUUAUUUUCACAGUCGAAAUUUGUUGUAUUUUCAUAUUCACAUGUUUGGUGUUGUGUGUUCUAUUACAGCACUUCAUUUGUGCACGCUGCCGCCAGAUCCAGUAUUCCUCAUGUGUUUUGGUGCUCAAUGCCAGAGUGUUCAUUUGAUACAAUGCAUACCGUGAAUUGUUGUGUGAAUAUUAGUUCCUAUUAGAAUUUCAAUUUAUUGCCUCAUGCAAUUGGGUCCCAGCUUCGACCAUAAAUAAAGCAAAUUUUGAGUGUGA